UACCCCGUUAAAUGUAACGAGAAAAUAUGGCGUAUUUGAAGAAGAUUCUAAUGAUUCUACUAUUUCUCUCAUGCCUAUCGACUACUUUCUCCGACUCACCUGAAUCCGAAACCUCCACCCCCACAAAAGUGAUUGAAGAAGAGGAAUUAAUUGAAUCAGAAUCGAAAGACGGUAAACUGGAAAUAAUUAAGCGAAUUAAAAAAGUGAACCCUGACGGCUCUUACACAAUCGGUUACGAGGCGGAUGAUGGCUCUUUUAAAAUCGAAAGUCGCGAUGUCUUGGGCAACAUCAAAGGAACCUACGGGUUUCUAGACGAGGAAGGUGCCAUUAAGCGCAUAUCUUACAGUUCCAGUAACGCAACUGAUAUCUUUAGUAAGCACGAGCCACCGACAACCCCUAGUUUGCCCACGUUUCAAUCGGUGGUCCAAAGAAUCCAAUCAAAGACUACUACAACCAAGAAACCUUCUUCAGUGACUACCACCUCUGGACCUAGCAGUACAACUUUCAGCGUAAUCCAAAGCAUAUCACGUCGCAGGACCAGCUCCACUACACCCAAACCAAACGAGAGCUUCAAAUCAAGCCCAAGGCCGGACUUAGUAGUUUAUACUUCGGCUACACCACGUGUUUUACUCCAAAGACCCUCUACUGCCGCUUCUGUCCGACUACGUAACGAGGACACUAAGUCCGAAGGUCAAAUCAUUCGACCGGAAGUGAAUGAGAAGUCAACGGAAGUCCCAGUGUUCAAAACGUUGCAUGCCAAGCACUAUGAAGACGAGAAACCGGUCACCGAAGAUGCAAGCGAAAUCAAACCGAACAUCCUCAGGAGGCAACUGCCACAAACACCAAAGCAGAAUGAGUUUAGUCCUCAAGAGCAUGUGUACAAUUUGAGGCAAUCCUUGGGGCACAACGAUGUUUCAGAUGUAUUUAAUAGUGGGCAUACUGUAACGUCACGACCUUUAUUUACCACUACUCGAGCAAACAGAAUCCCAGUAACAACAAUUCCAGUCGCGAACUAUCAAAGAAGUGAAACUCGAGAAGUCGACUCUGCAGCAUACAGCCAUCCUAGAGUUGCAAUAGAAACAACCAGUGUUGAGCCUGUUAGUACAUCUACGAAUCGUCCAGUAGUCCAGAUUCCUGCUAAUAGAGGUUCUACUCCCGAGCCUUUGGUGGCGAUCAGGCAUCCUUUCCAGCAAGGUGCCAUAUUAGUCCCUCUUAGCCAGUUGCAAAAUAAAAUCAUCCCUGUGGAUAAUAUGCAAGAAGUUUAUGAUGCUAGAGCGGAAAUAGAGAGGGCUAACAUCAGAAAAGUACCUCAACCAUUACCAGUUCAAGUGGACGAGCAUGGCUACGUAAGGCCUCGUCAAAUUCCUGUCCCAGUACCAGUGGCCCAAUCAAAACAACUUAAAGAAGAAGAGUUAAGCAGCAAUGACAUUGAAAGCGUCCAGCCUCCAGUGAGUACCAGGGAGUUUCAAAUGCUGUUGAACCAUCUGAUCCUUAGGCAAAAGAAACUGGAAAGGAUCAGUGAACUUGUUAACUCUCGGCAGUACCCAGAGAUGUAUCAACGUGAACCAGUAAAGUAUCAAAGAGUCGUCGAAGCACCCUCUAGGCAAUACGUCUAUCAAAGAAGUUUGGCUCAAGAGUAUGAGCCUCAAGGUGCAUAUUUUUCAAUGAAAGCAGCUGCAGCCACUAGUAAAAGUUACACUUAUAGCAGUCGGAACGAGGAUACAGCAAAGCGAUUUGGCUAUCAAAGGCGUUAUGUGGAAAACAAUAAAAGUGCACGGUUGAUACCUGUUAGAGAUGCUAACCGAGGCUAUUAUCAAGAUGAAUCUGAGCCAGAAGAGUAUCUUCCAGUAGAAGUUCGCGAGACCUUACUUCUUCGUAUGCUUCAGUUAGCAAUCAAUCCGGCUCUACCGGUAGAAGACGAGGAGGAGGAGGGAGCACAAGUUGCUACAGUAAAUACUCCAAAGUAUCGACGUCCACCGCCAGUGAGGAACGUUGAAAUCCUCGGAGAGGAACGUGAUGAUAGAGUUGAAUUGAGGAAAGGCGUCCCUGUGUCUAGAGCCAAGAGGUUUAAGGACGAAGACAUGGAUUAUAUGGAGUAGUUGUAACAAGUCCAGAGUAAGGGUUUAAAGGAAUAUUAGUGAUUGUGCUGUAUGGACUUUCGAGAAGUUUAGUGUAGAUUUCAUUCAUCCGGUCUUUAGGUCCUAAACAUUAUUUUCGUUGCAAAUUCAAUACAACGCGUUCGAGUGGUUGGGCUUCGAGAAAUCGAAUUUCAAUUAAAGGGAGUUGAUAGAAACAUCAGUUAAGUCAAGUUUAGUUUGAGCUAUUUAUCAUGUAAGUUGACUAUGCUGAAAAGCUUUUUUAGCUUUUUCUUGCGUAAAACAAUGCUUUCAACAUAGGCUCUAACCUCCCCAAUACCAGUAGAAUAAAUCACCUCGAAGAAUAAAUAGCAGCCUUAAAUGCCUGUAAUAAAAAAUUCAUUCAUCAUACAAAAACGGCUUGAACUGUCUAUAAGUUUACUAAUUUGGAAUAAAUUUGACAUAAAAAAAAUAUUUUCCAGAAAUCUGAUCUGAUCUGAGAACUAAGAAUUUACGGCACCAGUUGCCUGGAAGAAGGAAUUUAUUCUAAAUUCAUUUAAAAAAGUCUGGAAUAAUUAGAUAUAGUCACAGUUGCCUGGAAUAACGAGUUGAUUCAUUAAAAAUGACAGAAAUUAAUUUAGUUGUCAUAAGGAAUUAUUCCAAAAGCUUGAAAGAAUAAAGAAAUGGUUUUAACUGCCUGGAAGUAAUUAAUUAGUUCAAAAUCGAGAAUAUUUCUUGUGCUGAAGAAAAAGUCUAAUUUAUUCCAAAAAUUAAUUAAGAAAAUCAGAAAUGAAUUCAGUUGAGGUGAAUAAUAUAAAAUUACUUUAUAAACCUGAGAGAAUAAAGAAAUGGUUGAAAGUAAUUAAUGAGUUAAUUAGGAAGAAAACUUAAAUUAUUCCUAGUGCUUAAAAGAUUGAAUAACGCAGGUACAAUUAAUUAAUGAACUAAAUAGGAAAUAAUUAAUUAAGAAAAAAUAGACACUAGUUAUGUUAUCAUGAUAAAUGAAGUUAUUUUUUUAUUUCAAUGACCUCUGAAAUUAAAAUUGAUAAUUACUCUAAUUACCUGAAAGAAUAUAAAAAUAUUUUAACUGCUUCAAAGUAAUUAAUUAAUUAAAAUUGUUGCUACUGCUUAAAAGAAGUUUAACUAAUAAAUUAAUUAAGAAUUAAAAAAUUAAUGGAACAAAGUACUCGAGUAUACAGGAGAGUAUACACUUCUUUAGCUUUUUCUUGCGUUCUUUGCAAAACAGGCUCUAACCUCCCCACUACCAGUAGAAUAAAUCAUCUCGAAGAAUAAAUAACAGCCUUAAAUGCCUGGAAUGAAAAACUCAUUCAGUUUACUAAUUAGGAAUAAAUUUUAUAUAAAAAAAAUUAUUUUCCAGAAAUCUGAUCUGAUUUGAGAAUUAAGAAUUUACGGCACCAGUUGCCUGGAAGAAGGAAUUUAUUCAAAAUUCAUUUAACAAAGUCUGGAAUAACGAGUCGAUUAAUUAAAAAUGAAAGAAAUUAAUUUAGUUGUCAUAAGGAUUUUUUUUUAAUUAUUCCAAAAGCUUGAAAGAAUAAAUAACUGCCUGGAAGUAAUUAAUUAGUUCAAAAUUGAGAAUGUUUCUAGUGCUGGAAAAAAAAUGAUUUGAUUAAGAAUUAAUUAACUAAGAAAAAAAUUGAAAUUAAUUAAUUCACGAUGUGAGAAGAAAAAGUCUAAUUUAUUCCAAAAAUUAAUUAAGAAAAUCAGAAAUGAAUUCAGUUGAGGUAAAAAAUUUAAAAUUACUUUAUAAAUGUGAAAGAAUAAAGGAAUGAUUGUAAGUAAUUAAAUGAGUUAAUUAGGAAGAAAACCUAAAUUAUUCCUAGUGCUCGAAAGAUUGAAUAAUGAAGGCACAAUUAAUUAAUCAACUAAAUAGGAAAUAAUUAAUUAAGA